ACAGGCUUUAAGGGACAUGGUGAGAUAGCAUCAUCGCCCAUCGGGUCUCCCUAGUUGCAGCCCUGCAGAUGCUAUGAAGUACUUAUAUGCGAGUAUGCGCAUCUCCCCCAAUUCCCGCGUUGCAGUGCUCCAGUCCCGCCCGUGUUGUACAAACGGAUGCUCCCCACCACCGAUACGUUGUGGUGCCUCUCAUUCUUCUGAAGAUUUCUUCGAAAUAUUGCUCUUUAAUUAAGGUUCUAAUACUUUCUCACUGUCAUUGAUCCUCUCUUUUUUCUGUCACGCACUCAUUAUCGCUGAUAAUGUCUGUUCUGUUUUACCGCCGUCCGGCUUAUGUCGAACGGACAUCGGGUCCACUGAACCCCAAGGAUUGUCAGAGAUAUGUCGACCGAAUGAAGAGCUGCAAAAAUCCCGUACCACCAGAACUAUCGUUUGAGAGGGUGGUGAACAACGAGACCCUACCGCCCUGCCAAUUGAAUGACUUCAUGGACUAUCUGAUCUAUGUUGCCCAUGAUGCCGAGAAUCUCCAGUUUUACCUCUGGUUGAGGGACUACACGAAGAAAUUCGAGAGACUGAAGCUGCAGGACCAGUCACUUUCACCCGAAUGGGAACCUGUGCCUCACGUCCAAGAUGAUCAUGGACGUCGAAGCAAAGUGCCAAAUGGCACCACCGUCGAGAUCAACUUCGACAAGAAGGAUCAGCUAGAAAUCCCGCUUGAUGACCUGCCAACGCCGACCCGGUCCGAAUUUGGCGGUUCCUACGGACCAUCCCUCUCGGGCGCAACGGACUACGAGUCUUUCGUUUCAAGGUCGAUCAAGUCUCAGAAAUCCCUCCAGGAAAUCGCCGAGGAGGCUAACAAUCAAGUUGGCCUGAAGUGGCAGUCUUUCUCCAUCCAACCCUUCCGCUCUGAGAUCACCAAGGUCAUCGCCACGUACCUUGCUCCGUCCGCUCCACGAGAGCUGAACCUAUCUCACCGUGAACGUACCGCGGUUCUUCAUGCCCUCCAGCACACCACCCACCCCUCCGCCCUCGCCCCCGCCCUCGCCCUCGUCGAGUCCGUCCUCCGCGGCCAAGCCCACCCCAACUUCGUCCGCUGGUCCAUCUGCAACGGCAACAAGCCGCGCGUCUUCUUCGUGCGCGCCAUGGGCGUGUCACACACCCUGGCCGGCAUCCUCAUCACCGCCAUCCUCACCCUCUCCGCCGCGCCCCGCUGGUGGCGCAUCCUCCCCGCCCUCGUCACGUUCAUCGGCAUCGGAACCCUCGUCGCCGCCUACAAAGGGCUCUGCGUCAUCAUGUACAGCGGCGGCCAUGGCCGGGAGCUCAAGCCCUGGGAAGAUGCAGAGACCGUCUCCCUCGUCUCAUCGACCAAUACGAACAAGCGGAGGAGCGGCAGGAUUCUCCCGCCGGACGAUGAAGAGGCGACCCUGGCGGGCUCGAUCGGGAGGAGCAUGAAGCGGCCGAAGAGCAUGGAGACCUUCGGGACCACGAACACAUACACGGACGAGGCAUGGAUCGAGAAUUUCCGGAAGCGAAGCCUGAUGCAGAAGAUUUUCGGGCCGAAAACCGCGGUGCAGGAGCAGGCGAUUCGGAUCAUUCAGGAUCGGAUUGUUCUACAGAGUCAAAUCUGGGCGCUAUUGCUGACCAUCGUCAUCACGGUUGUCUUCGUUGUGUUGCCAGCGGGGAUGUUUUUCUAAACGCUUUCCCGGGCUCCCUCCCUGCUGUCUCCUUCGGUUUCCUUUGUUUCGCUACGCAGGUGUCGAUAGCGUGGCCCGGGUGGCAUACCAUUUGCUAUUUAAUUUUACCGGCGCAAGGAAGAAG